CAACAGUAUUCAUGCUGAGGAUAAUCUAUAAUCUGCACAUUUACAUGUGUCCUGAUGUGUGUCUGUGCCAGGUCGUUUAAAGGGGGAGGAGAAUACAAAUUAUAUGAUGUGAGUGGAGGGAGUGACAGCAAGCAGCAACAACGAGGAACAGACUGAGAGGAAGGCGGUGGAAAAAUAAGCUCUAAGGCUCCGUGGAUGUGGCUUUUUAUUUUUUAUUUCCUUCUUCCACUUUCACCGUUUGCUUUCAAAUUCAAGAGAAGAAACCAGCAACCAAAGAGUUUCCCAUAGAGACCCUGGGAGUGGACCGGGAAGUGUGACCUCCUUUAACGCUGUGCCCCCCGCCCCCCAAAAAAAAGAGUUCAAGCCAGCUCCAACGCCAUGUCCGCUCCUGGUUACCCUCCCAACCAAGCACCCUACCCCAUGCCUCAACCGGGCGGCCACUCUGUAGCCCCUUAUCCCUCUGCUCCAGGCGGGUAUGGAGACCCCAGUCAAGCUCCUCCACCAGGCUUCAACAUGGGUUACAAUCCAGGCCCAAAUCCUGUCGUGUAUCAACCCGGUCCGGUGGGUCCAGGCCCAGUUCCAGGACAGGAAUACAGCGGCCAUCCGGGAGCCAUCUCCCCGGCCCCGGUUCCAGCUCAGGCUGCGGUUGCAGUUGGGGUCCCCCCAGGGCUUGAGUACCUCACACAGAUUGACCAGAUCCUGAUCCACCAAAAAGUGGAACUCCUAGAAGCAUUCAUUGGGUUUGAGACCAACAACCAGUACGAGAUAAAGAACAGUCUGGGCCAAAAGAUCUACAAGGCCAAAGAGAAGAACGACUGCUGCACCAGGAACUGCUGCGGCUCGCUUCGCAGCUUCGACAUGAAGAUAAAGGACAACAUGGACAGGGAGGUCAUCCGUCUCAUAAGGCCUUUCCGCUGCGUGUCCUGCUGGUGUCCCUGCUGCCUGCAAGAGAUGGAGGUCCAGGCACCGCCGGGCACCACUAUAGGCUACGUCAAGCAGGACUGGCACCCUUUCGUGCCACGAUUUUCCAUCCAGGAUGCCAACAAGGAGACCGUGAUGAAACUGGAGGGGCCCUGCUUUGCCUGCAACUGCUGUGGGGACGUCAACUUUGAGCUGAAGAGCAAAGACGGUAAGAAGCCCAUUGGUCGCAUCAGCAAGCAGUGGAGCGGCCUGUUGAAGGAAGUCUUCACAGACACGGACAACUUCGGCAUCCAGUUCCCGUUGGACAUGGACGUGAAGAUGAAAGCUGUGCUCAUGGGAGCCUGCUUCCUCAUUGAUUUCAUGUUCUUCGAGAAGGUUGGGGAGGCCAACCAACGCAGCACUGUGUUUUCAUAACAGAGGAAA